UGCUUGUACCCACUGACCCACCCCGAUCCCAAAUCGCUCCCCAGGCCCUAAUCCCGCGAUUGGGAACGCAGCGAGGGCCGGGUGCCGGUGCUGUCCAUGGGAUGGGGAGCUGGGAAUUGUGAGGCUGGCGGGAUUUUAGGGAGGGACAGAGUUAAGGAAGGUUUCCUCGUGGCACGUGGCUCCAUGUCAGCCGGCAGAGGCAACGCAGGGAAAGCGCCGGAGGAAUUCACUGGGAGCAGGGAGACGCUGCUUAGAGGGAAAUCGGUGUUUGGAUCCCGGCAGCCAAGCUGAUCCCGGGCAGCAGAGCCGGUGCCGGUGCCGGCGGGCGCGCUGACCAUGUUCAACGGGGAUGCCAGCUCCUCAUCCGCCCGGAAUGUGGUGCGCAGCUCCAGCAUCAGCGGCGAGAUGUACAACCUGGAGAAGAGCGCCCGCGGCAGCGCCGACUCCGUCACCCUCACCGCCAGCAAGAAGCGACGCUCCAGCCUGGGUGCCAAGAUGGUGGCGAUUGUGGGGUUGUCCCAGUGGAGCAAGAGCACCCUGCAGCUCAACCAGACCGAGGGAGGCCCCAAAAAGCUGCGCAGCACCAUCCGCAGGAGCACCGAGACCGGGAUCGCCGUGGAGAUGAGGACCAGGGUGACCCGGCAAGGCAGCCGAGAAUCCACGGACGGCAGCACCAACAGCAACAGCUCCGACGGCACGUUCAUCUUCCCCACCACCCGGCUGGGCGCGGAGAGCCAGUUCAGCGAUUUCCUCGACGGGCUGGGGCCGGGGCAGCUCGUGGGGCGGCAGACUCUGGCAACCCCCCCGAUGGGCGAUGUCCACGUCGGCAUGGCUGACCGCAACGGGCAGCUGGAGGUGGAUGUGAUCCAGGCGCGGGGACUCAUCCCCAAGAUGGGCUCCAAGUGCAUCCCGGCCACCUACGUGAAGGUUUACCUGCUGGAGAACGGCGUCUGCCUGGCCAAGAAGAAGACCAAGGUGGUGAAGAAAACCUGCGACCCCUCGUACCAGCAGCCGCUGCUCUUCGAGGAGAGUCCCCAGGGCAAAGUCCUGCAGGUGAUUGUCUGGGGCGAUUACGGGCGCAUGGACCACAAGUGCUUCAUGGGGAUGGCCCAGAUCAUCCUGGAGGAGCUGGAUCUCUCCAGCGCCGUCUCGGGCUGGUACAAACUCUUCCCAACCUCCUCCCUGGCCGACUCCAGCAUCGGACCCCUGACCCGCCGCCUCUCCCAGUCCUCCCUGGAGAGCUCCACCAGCCCCUCCUGCCCGUAGAGGCCGGGAUUGGGAAGGAGAGAUCCAAGGAGACCGAGCAGAACUGGUUGUAGAGAGCUGUAAAUAUCCUUUUUUUUUUUCUUUUUUUUUUUUUUCUCCUUUUUUUUUUGGUUUUCUUUUUUUUUUAAUUUUCAAUCUCCUUCCCCCAAAAAAAUCCGCCCUGGACGCCCUCUCCGGGCAGGGAGAGGGAGCGAGGGCCGUGUGUGAGGCAGGGGGGAAGGAGAGGCAAAAAUCCCCUCCGAGGGCUGCGACUGCCAACGAUCCCAGACUGUUCCCAGACCUCGUCCUGGAAGCUCCCAGCUUCUCUCCCGCCCCUGCUGGGAGCAGCUCAGUCCGGCUGAGGACGAGGUUCCUUUCCUCCCAUUCCCUUUCCCUGCCUCCGAGGAAAAAGUGGGAAAAAACCCCCACGGAACUCAGAACAAUUCCGACUCAGCACUACUUUUGUUUCCCAAGGAAUGUAGCAUCUUCUCUUAUGUAGCUUUGCCACGUGCUGACAACACACUCACUGCAAUAUCCAAGAGAACUCCGGAUGGACCGGGAACAUCUGCCAGUCUCAUCCCGUUUGGUCGCUUUCCCAGCACUUUCGGUGGCCAUUUCCCUGCCUUUUUUUUCCCGAGUUUUUUGGUUGUUUUUUUUUUUCCUUUUCCCGGGAGCAUGUAGCCUGUGAGCAUUGCCAAAGCAAGAGGGGACAGGGAAAGGGACGCUCGCGUCCCCUCGGCGUCCGCUGGGCUUCUCCUCGUGUCUCACCGCUGACCGCGCUCGUGUCCGGCCAAAACCAGACCCAAAGGACAAACUCUGGGAAUGCCUCGUGGGAGACGGGAGAAGGCGACCCAAAGGAGCGGGAAUACCGGGAUCCUGGCGGAUCGGCUGCUUCCCAGCCCCUUCCUUCCCAGCUGGAGGGCUGGGAUGCUCUCCCUGAGGUCUGGAAUGCUCUCCUUGGAGUUGGGAUGUCCUCCUUGAGGUCUGGCUGUCCCUCCUCGGGGAUUGGGAAGCCCUGCUCGGGGUUGGGAUGCUCUCCUCGAGGUCUGGAAUGAACUCUCCUUGAGGUUGGGAUGCUCUCCUUGAGGUUGGGAUUCCCUUCCCAGGGUUUGGGAUGCCCUUCUUGGGGUCUGAGAUACCCUCCUUGGAGUAGGAUGCCGUCCUUGACGGCUGGGAUUCCCUCCUCAGGGCUUGGGAUACCCUCCCUGAGGGCUGGGAUGCCCUUCCCAAGAUCUUGGAUCCCCUCCUGGAGAUGCCCUCCUUGGAGCUGGGAUCUCCUCCUCCUCCUCCUCCUCCAGACCGGGCCAUCCUCCUCGAGGUUUGGGAUUCCUUUCCCAGGCUCUGGGAUGCUCCCCUCGAGGUCUGGGACAUCCUCCUCAGGGUUGGGCCGCCCUUCUGGAGAUCUGGGAUGCCCUCCUGGAUACUUGAAUUCCAAGCAGGAGCGGAAUCCAACCCUGGCUCGCUCCAGGGGAACAUCUCAAGAGCAGCUCUGGAAUUCGGGGCACGGACGAAGGACCGGGAGUUCCUUCGCAGGAUGAGCGUUUUUGGGGUUUUUUUGUUCGUCCGUUUUGUUUGUUUUUCCAAGCAGCAUUUUGGUUCCCUCCGAGGGAUCCAGUUCUUGUAGCAAUCCCGGGAAUUACGGAAGCUUUUUUUGAAGGUGCCUAUUGAAAUUUGCUGAAAUUACUCAGGGGAGACACCACUAGAAACUCUUGGUUUCUUCAUCAAAUAUUCCUAAAUCCAAUGACUGUCCUGAAGGAUCAGUUCCUAAAAGAGAAGGAACAAAAUCCCGACACACCAAAAGACGAGGAGUUUUUGGAGACUGGAGGAGGACAAGAGGUUCAUGGGGAAUUUCACGGGGCUGGCUCUGACCUUCAGUCUUCACCACAAAGCACCCCACAGCACAGCUGGGGUUUUUAUAGGAUUAUUUCUUGGCAAAACACGGAAUUCCACGAUGCACAGAGCACAACAAACCCACCUGGGCUUCUCCUGGUGGCACCGGGAAUGAAGAACCAGCUCAGCCACAGAGGAACAAACCCAAACCUGAAGGAAAAGACUGUUGGGAUGAAGCUGUUCCCUCCACAAACCCAACCCCAAAGCUGGGGCUCCAUAAAAUCAAAUCUCAGAGUCCUCAACCCCAAAUCUGGGGUCCACAAAUCCAAAUCUGGGGAAUCAUAAAUCCAACCCCAGGGGUCCACAAACCCAAACCUGAGGGUUCACAAAUCCAGACCUUGGGGUCCAAACCCCCAAACCUGGGGUUCCACCAACCCAAAUUGGGAUUUCACAACCCCAAAUCCAGGCAAUCAAAACCCCACACCUGAGGGUUCACAAAUCCAAGCCUUGGGAUCCACAACCCCAAACCUGGGGUUUCAUCUCCCCAGAUCUGGAGGUUCACAACCCCAAACUUGGGGGUUCACAAACCCAGAUCUGGGGUCAACAACCCCAAAUCCGGGGAAUCAUAAACCCAAACCAGGGGCUUCACAAAUCCAAAUGUUGGGGUCCACAAACCCAAAUCUGGGGUUCCACCAACCAAAUCUGGGCUUCUACAACCCCAGAGCUGAGGGUCUACAAACUCAAACUUUGGGGUCCUCAACCCCAAAUCUGGGGUUCCAUAACCCCCAACCUGGGGGUCCUCAACCCAAAUCUGGGGUUCCAUAACCCCCAAUCUGGGGGUUCUCAAACCCAAACCUGGGGUUCCAUAACCCCAAAGCUCCACAGCCCCAAAUCUUGGGGUCCACAAAUCCCCAAACUUGGGAGUCCACAACCCAAAUCUGGGGGUCUACAAACUGAAACUUUGGGGUUCCACAACCCCACACCCGUGGCUGGCAGGACUCGGCUGUGCCGUGGCCGAUUCACCCGGCACCGGCACAAUUUCGGCGCCGUCGUGACGGGGACUCGGAGCUGCUGCCGUGACUUUGCCAACUCCAAACCACUGAGAAGGGAAUCGGCCGGAUCCUGCUGAGCUGGGAUGGAGAAAAGUUCAGUGAAGGAUGAAGGAUGAAGGAUGAAGGAUGAUGAAGGAUGAAAUCCUCCUCUGCUGGUUGGAUCGCAGGCCGUAAUUCCUGGAUGGAGACUCCUGGGAAUGUGGGAUGCCCCGAACCUCCCGUGGUUUGGGGAACAAACUCGGUGCCCGAAAUGCUGAAACAGGAACAAACAACAGCUUGGACUCGAUGUUCCCUCCCGAGCACGGAACAAUUCCACGAGGCCGACGGAAUCGCGGCAAACGGAAUUCCGUGAGGCUCAGCCUGGCUGAGCCUGUGCUGGAUUUUUGACUCUCCGUGAGGGAAAGCAUCCCAAAAGGAAAAGCUUUCCUCUCUUCCCUCCGCCUUCACCACCUCGAUCCCAGCGGGAAAACAAACUGCAAAUCUGCCGAAGUGCUGGGACUGUCCCCCACGGAGCAGGAGCGUGGGCAGAGCAGGGAGCUGAGCAGGGACCUUCUGCUCCCGGCGUGGGCACAGCUUCCCACCCCCUCCGUGUUCCCAGCCCGCCGCAUUCCUGCUUCCCUGCUCCAGGAACAUCCCACGGCCGUGCCGGGGAGAAGAGGCGGGGGACGAGCGGCAGAACGCGGCGACCACGCGCUCCAGAGGGCCAACAAAAGCAUCCCUGCGUUUCUGCUGGAAAAAUCCCGGUGAAAUUCCACCUGGGAGCGAGGAAAACCCGGAGAUUUGGGCUCGUGGAUCACUGAGGAGGAGUUGGGGGGGGUGACAAGGACAAAGUGCAGCGCAGGGAUUCCUCCGUGGAGCGACACCAAAAUCCAACGGAACAUUCCCUCCUUCCCUUGCAGCCCCCCAGGAGCUGCCACUCACUUCCCAGCGGGAAUGACCCACCUUGAACUGGUGUGGGAAACCCAAACUGGGGGAAGAGCCGGGGUUGUGCCCCGCUGGGGUUGCAACAUCAGCUCCUCAUUUCUCAACCCCCCGAACCUCGUGGCAGACGUUUUCCUUCCUCAAACAACGAGAAGAACACGGCCAAGACACCCAGAAAUCCCAAACUCUGCCCUGUGCCAGCUCCCGAGAAAAGGAACUUUAUCCCAGGAUAAAUUCCUGCACUCCAAGGUUGGUUUUUUGUUGUUUUUCCGAGGGAAUAUUUUCUCGCAAAGGGCGUUUUUGAUGUGCAAGGAGAUUUGCAAAAACGGCUGCACUGGAAGGGAUUCUUUGAUGCUUUCCUCUGCUUUCUAGCAAGAGAAGAAAUCCAAACCAUUGGAUUUGCCAGAGAUUUUUCCCUGGAAAGAGGAAUGAAUGUGGAAUUAAGUCAGUUUUGCAGCCCCUUUGACACCCAGCCCCCACCCAACACUGCCAGAGCUGAAAUCCAAACCCCCAGCCGGAAUCACGAGGAUGGAUUUGACCGAAAAAAACCCCCCUCGGAAUGAUGCUGAAACAUCCCCUAAAAGCUGAUAAAAUUCACACAAAGCACAGAAAACACUCCAAGAUUCCAGGCCUGAGUCAUCCCUGGUUUUCCACCAGCCUGGAAUGGGCCGGAUUUGCCAAAGUCCAGUGAAAAUUUCCAAGAAAUUGGGAUCAAUCAGAAUCCAGCUCGUGUUUCAUCACCAUCAGGGCACGCCGAAAACCUGGGAGAGGAGGUUUAGAUGGAGCUUUCCCAAAAUCCAGUGGGAUACAGCACCAAUUCCCUGAACCUGCUGCCACAGAGCAUCGGAGAGGGCGGGAAGAAUUCCCUGCACCUUUCCCAGCUCUUCCAACCUUUGCUGCGGGAGCUGGGAGCUCCUGGUUACAAACAGAGCAGGAAUUCCUCAGGACUUGGGAAUUCCAGCCCGGAUCUGCGUUUUUGUGGGAUGAGAUUCCACAGUUCCCACCUGGACUCACAAACCCCUGGCAGGACCAGAACAUUUUUUCCUGCUACAAAAGAAUUCCCUAAAAAAAAAUCUGCGCCAGGGAUGUUUUUCCAGGCAGAAGAUUUUUCUUCCAGUUGACUCGGACGCUUCUUUCCGGAUGGAUGGGAAAUGCCUGGACAAUGCACACAGGGAAAGCUCUGGAAUGUGUGGGAUUGGCCACAGGUUUGGAAAAUAUGGAAUUGUGCGGGUCAAGGAACGGCGUCCAGGCUGAAUCCAAAGCCUGAAUGUGUUUUUCCUCAUGGAUGGGAAGAGCUCUCCCUGCUUUUCCUUUGGGGUUUCACGGCUGCAGAUGGAUCUGGAGAAUUCCCUGCAGGAACAGCAGGGUUUGCAUCGGCCUUUUCCAAUGUUUUUGUAGCAAAGCUGUUCCAACUGGAAGUCUUCCCUCUGCUCCACAGGAUCCCAGACUGGUUUGGGUGGGAAAGACCUUAAAAUCCAUCGAAUUCCAGCUUCCAGAAGCUGCUCCAAGCCCCAUCCUGGGACAUUUCCAGGGAUGGGGCAGGAUUUCUUUUUCAUGGAGAAACCCCCUCCCAGUCCUUGGCUGGCUUGUUAAAGGUGCAAAAAUCACCUUUAGGAGUUGAAAAACAACAGGAAAGACUUUUUAGGGAAAAUAAAGCAUCCCAAAUAACAGGGUUGGAAUUCUGGGGGUCACUCCGUGACCGGGUGGGACAAUCCCGCUCACCUGAGGAAGAUUUUGGCUUUAAAAAGACUUGGAAAAGUCUCCAGCCAAGGACCCAAGUGUUGGUCUGGGUGUCUGAGGAACCUCCACGCUGUGGGACCCCCGAGCAUCCCUCAGGAACACUGGGAUGGACUCCAGGAAUCCGAGAGAAUCCGGGAGAAUCCAGGACAUCCCAGUGCUCCCCCAGGGCCUGGAGCUGCCGCGACGCCCGUGCCCGGCUGGAGCUCCGGUUGUUGCUAUACCUCAUCCUUUUCUUUUCCUUGGAUCCUUCCCUUUUCCCCUCUUUUUCCAUUCCUUUAGGAUCCAGAGCUUGUGCACUCGGCCACAUCCAGGCUUUUUUUUUGUUUGUUUCCCUGUGGAAUGAAAAGCAAUCCAUGAUUGGGGUGGGCGGCUCCCACCCACUCCCAACCCUGGCUCCCUUUGGGAUUUGAGCCCAAGGCAAAGGAAUCCCGGGAUGAUCCAGAGGGAUCCCUGUGUCCCUUUUCCAUCCCCUCUGUCCAUCAGCCCCUCCAGAGCUGCCCUGAGUCCCCCAAAACCUUCCCAGGGGUGGGCGAGGGGCUCCAUUCCAAAAUCUGGCGCUGUUCCCGCUCUUGGAAGGGGCACAAAUCCCUUUCCAGAGCCCUUGGAAGGGGCACAAAUCCCUCUCCAGAGCCCUUGGAGGGGCACAAAUCCCUCUCCAAAGCUCCUGGAUGGAAAAGGAGCCUCUGGAGCAGGCAGGGAAGGUGUCCCUCUCCUGGGACACUGAUCCCAUUCCCUCCAGGAUCCCAGCUCCCUCUGGCUAAAAAGGGAAUUUUCUCCCACCCCAGGGAAAAUCCUGAAGGAAUUCCCGAUCCCGAGGGCCUCUGGAAGGAGCAGCUCCCCCCCUCCUGAAUGUUCAGAGCACUUUGAAGUUGGUGGCCUUGAUUUCUUAAAGGGCUUUGAUCUUUUCAUGCCGUGAAAGGAGAGAAUCUUCCCCAUCCCGUCGUCCUCCUCCUCCUCCCCAGCUCGGAAUGAAUCCCAGGAACGAGCACCUGGAAUGUUCAGGAUGAUCCAGGGCUCCGGAAUCUGUCAUUGAUGCCUCAAGUUUACACCUAAAAACAGCUCUGGGGGAAGCAGGUUGGGAAUUUCUCCUGGAAUUUGGGUUGGCAGCGGCAGGGAAAUAAAAAGGGGGGGGAGGGAAAGCCCCAAAUGGAUUUUUAGGAGCAGCCGAAGUGGAGUUUGGGAAUGUUUAUUCCAUCUGAAAAAGUCUGGAUUUCCGUUCCAAAUUAACGGGAUUUUAUCUGUGAUAAGGAAUCUUUAAAGCCAGCUUCCCCCUAAAGAGCUGGAGGGGGAAUAAAAGGGUGGGAAUGACGAGGGAUUCAAGGCAAGGAGAUGCUCCCAGAGCUCAGCCAGGAAUUCCAAGCCCCUGGAAGCUGAGGCUGAAAGGAGGGACAGGGCUGCAAGUGCCAAACCCCACGAGGACACCGAAAUCCAGCCUCAAAUCCCCCAAAAUUCCCAUGGAAAGGAAUCACCAGGAGAGCCCCGUGAGUCUGGAGAGGUGUCAGAGCCCAAUUAACCACGAGUUAAUUGGCACUAAAUGAGAAGGUGACAGCAGGGAGGGGGAUGAGGGGAGGAAAGGAGAGCCAGGAAAGGACUUUCCUUGGAUAUUUCCGGAUUUCUGGGAGCUGGGAUGGGAGCGCUGCCUCCACCACCCCCCAACCUCGUGCUAAACUUCGGUUUCAUGACAGAUUCCUCCCAUUUCACAACUCCACCCUCCCCCAAAAAUUUAAAAACCACCGGGAAUGGGGGGAACUGGAGCAUCCUCGGAGCUCCAAUCCCACAUCCAAGAGAAGGGGAUGGGUUUGGGAUGGCUACAGAAGAGUGGGAAUAUUUAAGCAACGAGCAAAUGGUGAUUUUCUACCUGUGUCCUGUCCCGUUUUCUAUGUGUGUGCUCCUUUCUUAAAUGUCAAACUCUUGUAUUUUUGUGGUUUCUAUCUGCGGGACCGACGGCUCUGAGGGCGCACGCUCUGUUUUGUAAAAUAUUCCUAAAGUUUUCUUUCCCCUCCCAAAAGAAAAAAAAAAAAAAAAAAAAAAAAAAAAACCAAAAAAAAAAAGGGAGGGGAAAAAAAAAUCUGAAUUAUUCACCUUUUAAUUGGCUUGUACCUGCAUGUACAGUAUUGGGGCAGCAAGUGAAGAUGAUUAAAGCCAGCUUGAAAACUU